ACCAGGUUGGAGUUAAAAAUACUAAAAUUUUGGAGCCACAAUGGUGUGCGUGACUGUCGUGACUUUCUUCCGUUACAAGUUUCGUGGGUCCUGGGUCGGGUGAUGACGUAGCCUGGCAGCGUUUCUGUAAACACGGACAAAGCGAAAGUGACGAGCAGUCUGAAGCACCUCUGGGAGGACAUAUGUUCUGGUAUGGGGACCACGACAUCAAGUUGCCGUGUAGAGGAAACGAUUUCUACACAUUACGACCAUGCCACUGUUUUGGAAGAGCAAGUGAAUGGGUCGGAGUCAUUUCGGCUGUAUAGAAUUACAUCAUAUCGUUACGAGGCAAUCCUUUAUAACCCUCAACACUCACCAAACUGUUUUAGUCUUUAUCGAAUACCAGAAGAAGCAGAGGCUAGGAUAAAAUUCAAAGAUUUUUGUGAACGUCUGUCACCAUUCUACCAAAGUUCCGCCAAAUGCUACGAUUCCACAGUUCUCCAAGAACUUAUUUUGUGUUUGGAACAGCAUCCUGAUUGGUCAUUAGCUCAUGUUGCUACACAUCUGGGUCUGUCAGAAUGCCUUAAGCACAAAAAGAUUGCAGAAACUGUGGACAGCACAUGCAAGGAUAAACAAAGGACUCCUUUGCACAUGGCAUCUAGGAGUGGUAAGCUGGAUUUUGUUCAGACCCUCAUGGAUUUUGAUCCAAGGAUCUUGGUUAAGGACAAGUUGGGUAACACGCCACUUCAUUAUGCUGCUGAACGGUACCCUGAUGUACUUGAUUCCAUGUUAAAAAAGGCCCAGCAGUUAGGGAACCAGGUAGCUGAAGUGGUCAAUGCAACAAACUCUAGUAACCAAUCAGCUCUGGAUGUAGCUUGCCGCUACUCUCAGGAUGACAGUGUUCAAGUGUUGCUUGCAGCAGGAGCUGAUCCUAACAAAGAACACGAUGGAUGUCAUCCCAUCCACACUGCAUUGAAUGUCAAAAGUGAUGCCUGUGCGGCUACGCUCUUGGAGUUUCAUCCUGAGCAGGUCCAUGUGCGUGAUAGUAAAUAUGGUGGUACACCCUUACACUGGGCAAAGACAAAAGAGGCAGUUGAACUACUUGUAAACUGUGGAGCAGAAAUAGAUGCACAUAAUCAUGAUGGGGAGACCCCACUACAUAUCAUGGCUCGUCGCAGGAGGCUUGACUGUGCUAUAGUACUGUUGAGUCGUGGGGCUCAAGUUGAUGCUCAGAGUAAAGAUGGUUCCACACCAUUACACCAAGCUGCACUUGUUGAUGACCCGGAUAUAGUGCGAGCCCUUAUCGUGUUUGGUGCUGAUGUCAAUAUUAUGAACAAGAGACAUGAAACACCACGUCAUGUAGCUACUGUUGUUCGUCAACACUGCUGGCGUGAUGUUGUACAUGCCCUAGGAUUUGUGGGUGCAGUAGCUUGUGAUAAGAGCAAGAAUGGAUGUACCCUGGAGUGUAGCAAACCUUUCCAGGAAGAAAUGACAAUUGGUGGUACCAAUGUGAAAGCAGCUCCUGGUUUACCUGGGUACCUUGACAUCAUCAAGAUUGCUGCCGCCUUGGUGUCCUCUGGGCUGUUGCAAUCACAGGCUGGCCAAGACUCGGUCGAUGCUGGGAGAGAGGGGUCAUACACACAGUCAAUCUUCAAAUCAAGGCACAAAAAGGAAGCAAUCCUGACCAUGGACGGUGGCGGUAUCAGAGGUUUAAUACUCAUUCAGCUUCUCCUUGCUUUAGAAGAGUUUACCAAGCAGCCUAUUGCUCGACUGUUUGACUGGAUUGCUGGGACUAGCACUGGAGGAAUUUUGGCCUUGGCUAUAACACAUGGUAAAUCUGCGCGGUAUUGUCAGGGUCUUUACUUCAGAAUGAAAGACUUGGUUUUCAAGGGUCCACGGCCGUAUGACUCAGAACCACUAGAGAAAUUCCUCAGACAAGAAUUUGGAGAAAAUGUCAAGAUGACCUCUGUUCUUCACCCACGAGUUCUUGUUACAGGUGUUCUAGCUGAUCGACGCCCCGCAAGUUUACACUUUUUCCGCAACUUUGAUGUCCCUGAUGAACAUGACGACGCCGUUCAAUCAAAAUCACCAUUUUCUGCGCCACCAAAGCCCUCAGACCAGCUGGUGUGGCGUGCAGCCAGGGGUACUGGGGCCGCUCCGUCGUUUUUCCGUGCCAUGGGCCCGUUCUUAGAUGGUGGAUUAAUUGCCAACAAUCCAACCCUGGAUGUGCUGACAGACAUUCAUAAAUACAACCGCUUUGUUCGGGGCGUCGAAGCCAACACAUUCGGCCUGGUUGUAUCCCUAGGGACGGGUGUCCCUCCCCCAGUCCAUGUCCCCUCAUUUGACGUGUUCAAGCCAGAGUCCAUCUGGGAGGCAACCAAUGUUUUCAUGGGAGCUCGUGCUUUAGGAGAACUCCUAGUUGAUCAGGCUACCGCUACUCACGGCCCGGUGGUUGAGCGUGCAAGAACCUGGUGCCAGAUGCUGAACGUGCCUUACUAUCGCUUUAGCUCUCCGAUGUCAUCAGAUGUGGGACUGGAUGAGACUGACGAUCGCAUUCUUGUGAAAAUGCUCUGGGAAACUAGAGUUUAUGUUAUGCAAAACUUUAAAGAAUUCACAGAGUUGGCUAAAUUACUGACAUCUUGAUCUCCUCUGUCCAUUUACACUGCUAAAGCGGUAGGGUUGAGUAAGGACAAAUCAUUAUCAAUUGUACAUUUAAUAUACAGUAUUUAAGGUAUCCUACUAAGUUAUAUUCAGCUAGUUUUAAUGGAACAAGAAGAGAACAUAUCCAGAGUUUAUUAAUGUAAAACACGAAGUAGUCAUAUUUUAGCUUGCAGAGCGACGCGGAAAAAUUAUCCGUGUAGACGCUCUUUCUUUGCGGUUUUUUUUUUUGUUAGCCAAAAAAAGUUUGACUCGAGUUGCCGUUUAAGUAGAGCAAUCGAUAACGUUGCCUGAAUAGUAGCACGACGUAACAGCGUCUCUGUAGAGCCAGAGGGAACUUGUGUUACAAACUAAAAGAAAUAUUGCCAUGUGCGGCAUAAAUGUCUCGUGUAAGUGCU